AUGUGGGACGCUGGCAAGAUCACAUCAGGACCGAAGCUCCAGCCAUGGUGUGAGCAGGACCUCCAGACAACCCUCGAAGCCUGGGAUGAACUGAUGGAUGCCAUCCAAGACAAGCGGCCCAAGCCUGUGCCGCGACCGCCAACAUCUGCAUCGCUCAUCGAACAUAGUGUCGCAGCAACCUGGACAGAACAGUCUUUCCAGCAUGCCUUCCUUACCAGAGCCCGUCGCCCGGGAUUUUCAUGUCUCGCCCCCGGUAUGCAUAUGUGGUCAACUGAGUCAUUUGAAGCUGCACACGCGGCAGAGCCUCAAGACAGUGAGCGUAAACAAGUCAUCGGCACAAAACCUGACGAUCCCGAGGACUAUCAAUCAGUCCUGUCUCGCGAUCUAGCACCUACCCUGCUGUUCAUUGGUAGAGCUGUAGAGUCUACAUGGCGGGAUCCUUCAAGACCUUCGCUAAGAGACUACAAGGGCAGAGGCUCGGUCUUGAUGAAUCGCAAGGCGGGACUCUAUCUUUGUCCUUUCGAGGACUGGAGCGAUGCAGUCGUCUUCUCGGACGGAAGAGGCAGAGAGAAUGUGUUUACAUACAGAGGCUCGUGUCCAUGGAUGCCCGGCAGACCACCGGCACUGCUGCGCGACGUUCUCAGAGCCUGGAAGACAAUCGUGGUAAAAGGUCAUUGGCCGGUCAGAGACGUAGGUGUAUUUGGCAAUAUGAUGUACUUUCAUUCCCUUGGAGAUUUAGAGUCAGCCGACGUCUACUGGAAUUGGGAUAUCGCAACAUCCUUCUGA